ACUAAUCACAACAGAGAAUCAAUCCAAUAAAUUUAAAUUGAAAAAGAACACUUUCCCCACACGGCCUCCUCCUCUUUUCUCUCUCUAAAAACACUUCUCUCUCUAGAAACACACACUCUUUCCCCCAUUUCUCCUAAAUGCGGAAUUUCUCUGAAACGCCACCGUUUCUCAAUUUGCGGUGAAGAAAAAAAAAUGUCUUCCGGCUACUCCGGCGGCGUCCCUGAUUUCUUCUCCGCCGGGAGAAGAUCCACUGCUAUGUCCACAAACAUGAACAACAAUUACAAUUCCAGUCUCAACGCACAGCAGCAAUUUGCUUUCCGUUCACCCGUCUCCGGAAUUCCGCCCGAUCCGGCCGCCCAGAUCCACCGACCUAAUUUCAUCGGAAAGAGGUCCCUGGCGGAGUUUCAGCAGCAGCAGAGCUUUUUGCAGCAGCAGCAGAACCGACAAGGUUUAGGAUUCUACCUCCGGAACGUGAAGCCACGCCCUAAGUACCACCAGCAUGCAUCUCCGAUAUCUCCGCUCUCUCCAGUGGAUUUUCCUCCGGUUCCGUCAAUUUCGCCGGAAUUUUCCUCAUCCUCGUCAGUUUCAACUUCCGGAAAUUCGAGGUACGGCCUACCGAUUCUUCAGCAUCACCGGCUACAACCGAUGACUCUUUCGCACAGAUCAAAUAUCCGGAAUAUGUCUCAACACACAGGGUUUGCAAAUACGGGCAUGAAUAUUUCGGGUCCGGGUCUGGGUCCGGGUACAGAGGGUUCAGCGCAUGAGUCGGAGAAGAUUAUGAUGAGUCAUCGGCUUCAAGAGCUGGAAAAGCAGCUGCUAGGAGAUGAAGACGACGCCGAAACUGUUUCUGUUGUUACCGACAGCGAGUGGUCGGAGACAAUUCAGAAUCUGAUAAAUCCGAUUAUUCAGAAGCCAGUCUCUCCUUCUCCGACUUCGUCUUCUUCCUCGUGUUGUUCUUCCACCUCAGCCUCCCCUCCGCUGCCGUGCCCAAAGCAAGCACUUAUCGACACCGCGGCGGCGAUCUCUGAAGCCAAGCCGGAAGCGGCGGUAGAAAUCCUCACGCGCCUCCAGCAGUCGGGGAACGCGAGGGGAACCCCCGAACAGAGGCUCACGUCUUACAUGGUAUCGGCUUUAAAGUCGCGCGUGGGUCCGGCGGAGAAUCAACAACCGAUUUCGCCGGAGAUUAUUUACGGCAAGGAACACACGGCGUCGACGCAGAUGUUGUAUGACGUGUCGCCGUGUUUCAAGCUCGGUUUCAUGGCAGCAAAUCUAGCCAUCCUUGAGGCCACCUGGGAGCAGGGUUUCGACAAAAUCCACGUCUUGGAUUUUGACAUCGGCCAGGGGGGUCAGUACAAUAUCGGCAACUUGACGCGUGAGAAGCUGGAAAUACAAUCCGACGUGGCACUGUGCGUGAAUUUUGCGUUCAAGCUGUACAAGCUGCCGGACGAGAGCGUGACGACGGAGAAUCUGAGAGACGAGCUGCUCCGCCGCGUGAAGAGUCUGUCGCCGGAGGUGAUGACGGUGGUGGAGCAGGAAAUGAACACGAACACAGCGCCUCUAACCGCCCGCGUCCGCGAUGCGUACGAGUACUACGGCGCGUUGUUUGACUCGCUGGACGCCACCGUGUCAAGAGAGAACCCCGACCGAGUCAGAAUCGAGGAGGGGCUGAGUCGUAAAAUAAGCAACUCGGUUGCGGGCGAGGGUAGGGAUCGCGUGGAAAGAUGCGAAGUGUUGGGUAAGUGGCGGGCCCGGAUGAGCAUGGCCGGGUUUCAGCCAAGGAAGAUGAGUCAACUCGCCGUCGAGUCGCUCCGGUCCAAGCUCAACUCAGGAACACGUGGCAACCCGGGAUUCAGUGUCAACGAGGAAUCCGGCGGCAUCUGCUUUGGUUGGAUGGGACGAAUCCUCACCGUCGCUUCUGCUUGGCGUUGAAAUCGCAUAUUCCGUUAACUUUUUAGGCCCCAAAACUGUUAAAUCAGUUUGGUUAAAAACAUUAUUAGCGUUUGUAUUAACGUUUCCAUCAUCCCAAAAAAAAAAAUGGAAAUGGGUGUGAGGAAGAACUAGUCAUAAACGGCGCGUGUUUGUCACACUUUCCAUUUUUUUAUUUUUUUUUAUUAUUCUAUAUUCGAACUGCAAUACACUUUGGUGUUGGAUUGUUGCUUGCUGCACUAUUUGCUUCUAAUUUGACAUGUAUUUGACUCUCGGUGGAUAUCGUCUUUUGAGUUGACUUUAUUACACAGUAAAUAUAUUUGAAAUUCCGCAA